AUGAAAACGCCGUCGUUCAGGAGCAGCGGCUCCUGCUGCGAGUUCCCGCCGGCGCCUGGGGGAGCAAUGUUGCCGGUCUACCUCAACGACCUGAGGAGGAACGCUGCAGGCGGCGGCGAGGAGAUGGUUGAGGUGACGCUCGAGCUGGACGGCGGCUCGGUCGUGCUGUGCGGAGUCGCGCCAGCGGAGGGAGAGGCGAUGCCGGCGCCGGCGGGAGGGGAUUUCCUGUCUCGGAGCGCGUCGGCGGCGUCGAGGCUGCGGCGGAUGUUCUCGCGGCGGUGGGCGGCGGAGGAGGAGGAGCAGCGGCACGAGGCGGCGGUGGAUUCGGCGAGGGAGGCGAUGCGGGCGAGGGUGAGGAUGAUGAGGGACAGGUCGGGGGCGCAGAGGGCGCUGGGAGGGCUGAGGUUCAUAAGCAGGAGCGGCGCCGCCUCCGGCGGCGGCGAUUCGAGCCCCGAGGCGGCGUGGAGGGAGGUGGAGAGGAGGUUCGACGCGCUGGCGGAGGGCGGGCUGCUUUCCCGGCAGGAUUUCGGCGAAUGCAUCGUUCUAUUUCUGUACAGGGCUGAUAUCAAUGGAGAUGGGAAAAUCACGAGAGACGAAGUGCAAGAGCUAAUAAUGCUGAGUGCAUCCGCAAAUAAGCUGUCCAAUUUGAAAGAAGGUGCAAAAGAAUACGCCUCCUUAAUAAUGGAAGAGCUUGACCCUGAACGUCUUGGCUACAUUGAGUUAUGGCAGUUGGAAACACUUUUGCUGCAAAGAGAUAGCUACAUGAACUACAGCAGGCCUCUAAGCACAGAGACCAUAAGACGAAGCCAGAAUUUAAGCAGCCAAAUGGCGACCAAAAUCGUGUCCUUUGUGUUCGAUAACUGGCAAAGAGGCUUAAUUUUAGCAAUGUGGAUAUUAGCCAUGGCUGGACUCUUCACCUGGAAGUUCCUCCAAUACAGGCAAAAAGCAGCCUUUCAGAUAAUGGUCCAUGGAAUCAUCCACUUGACGUGCGACUUCCCACGGCUCGUCAGAUCCUCGCCUGAAAAGUUUGAGCUGAUUGCUUCCGAUUUUCAUGGCAAAAAGCCGACCUACACAGACCUUCUGACUGGUAUUAUCGGCAUUACCGGUUUCAGCAUGGUAGUCCUAAUGGUAAUUGCCUUCACAUUGGCCACAAGGCGUUUCAGGAGAAACAUCCUAAAAUUCCCACCGCCUUUCAAUAGAAUAACGGGUUUCAACGCCUUUUGGUAUUCCCAUCACCUUUUGGUUCUUGUCUACGUACUGCUUUUGUUCCAUGGGACCUUCUUGUUCUUGGUUCACCAGUGGUACAAAAAGACGACAUGGAUGUACAUAUCCAUUCCCCUUCUUCUUUAUGUGGCCGAGAGAAGUCUGAGUCGUCGAAGGUCAGAACAUUGCGCUGUCAAGAUUUUGAAGGUUUCUGUACUUCCGGGAGGCGUAUUCAGCUUGGUCAUGGCCAAACCGAAUGGAUUCAAAUACAAAAGCGGACAAUAUGUUUUCCUGCAGUGUCCUGUAAUCUCCUCCUUCGAAUGGCACCCGUUUUCACUAACUUCAGCACCAGGAGACGAUUACCUGAGCGUUCACAUCCGGACAGUAGGUGACUGGACACAAGAGCUAAAGAGUGUUUUCACAGAAGAUAAUAGCUCGACAUGUGUGAUUGGUCGGGCUAAAUUUGGAGCGAAAGGCAAUGUUAACCAAACAGGCUUACCUAAAUUGCUUGUUGAUGGACCCUAUGGAGCACCUGCACAGGACUACCAAAACUACGAUGUGUUACUUCUAGUAGGACUUGGAAUUGGAGCCACUCCUUUCAUUAGUAUCCUCAAGGAUCUCUUGAACAAUACAAAACAAGAAGAUCUGAUGGACUCGAACACAGAUACCAGCCGAUCAGAAAACAGCUCGAAUAGCAUAACCUCUUCAUGUGACACAUCAAACAGUAAGAAGAAAUCACAUAAAACUAGGAGUGCGCAUUUCUACUGGGUGACCAGAGAGCCUGGGUCUUUCGAGUGGUUUAAAGGAGUAAUGAAUGAAGUGGCAGAGAUGGAUCUCAAGGGCCAAAUCGAGAUGCACAAUUACCUAACGAGUGUGUAUGAAGAGGGUGAUGCAAGGUCGACUCUGAUCACAAUGGUACAGGCUCUAAACCAUGCUAAGCAUGGAGUUGAUAUCCUAUCUGGCACAAGAGUGAGGACACAUUUUGCAAGGCCAGAUUGGAGGGAAGUUUUCAGCAAAAUAGCAGUGAAGCAUCCCUGCUGUACAGUAGGUGUUUUCUACUGUGGGGCGCCCAACUUAGCAAAGGAGCUGAAAAAGCUGUCACAAGAACUGACUUACAAGACAUCAACACGGUUCGAAUUUCACAAGGAAUACUUCUAA